UGACGACGUGGAUGCGUGCUUCUCGUAACCAAUCGUACAGCGAUUCAUGUUGCAUGCAGCUCUCAACAUGUAAAUGAAUGACGUUGGUAGGAUGAGCACAAGCACUGUGACAGCAUUCAACAGUAACUUUCCGCUCGAACUGGACGGACUGAUGUGAACGGAAGCUGCGAGAGAGAUUUGAACGGGAGGAUAUCUCAAUAUAAUACAAUUUCUUACACUUCAAGAAGAGAAGGGGACAAAAUAAAGAAUGACAGAUAUUUUGAACAACCCAGAACACAGUCGAGAAGAUUUCACUAUGAGUGACACCGGAGAGCAAGGCGUUUCCUUUCAGAUUUUUCCAGACACAAAGGAGCGCCACCCCAAGCUGUCCAAGCGCUUGCCCUCCAUCGUAGUGGAGCCCACAGAGGGAGAGGUGGAGAGCGGAGAGUUACGUUGGCCCCCGGAUGACCUAAGAACCGCAGACCCUUCCAGCCAUACACACAUACCCUCUGAAGAGAUCACACAGAUGUCCGCUUCACAAACCCAGAUAUCACACAGCCAGAGUGCAGAUGAAGUCAAGUGCAGCAGCCUGGAAACAUCAGGGGCAGCUGAGCGUAACUGAAAUUUAUUAAAGACACUGUCGGAAGUCUGUCAUUAUCACAAGUUUCAGUUCUCACACAAACACAGCUGACAACCAACACUGGCAGGCGGGUGUGAAUAAGAUCAGAGCUCACAAUGCUAUAUCUGAGCACCCU